CAUUCCCACCAUCCCCAUUAAACGUUAGCAUUACAUCGACUCGAUUUCCCACAAGAAAACUAGCAUCCUCACAGUUACAACUCAAGACCUUCACCUUAAACUAUGUCUACACAGCUAUCAACUCAGAAUGGCGACAGGAGGUCCCAGCGGAAGGCGGAUGCGGCUGGCACGCAUCAGAAUCAAUAUAAUGUUCAGGCGAGGCAUCGUGCCCGCUUUGUUGCGGAUCUCUCCUCCGCUCAGCGUGACCGCAAACGAAAGAACGAUCGAGAUGCCCAACGUGUGCAUCGGCAACGGACUAAGGAACAUAUCGAAAAACUUGAGCAGCGGGUUCAAGAGCUAGAGUCUUUGCUGGCGGCGAAGAAUGCUGCCGACAACAACAAUGUCGGCUCCGGCAUGCCAAUGGAUUUAGACCAAAAUAUGGGUGCUGACACGACGAAUACGAAGCGGCAGGUAUACACUGAUAACAAUAUGGUGGGUCCGUUUGGGAAUGAAACGUCGACGGGAGAUAUCCAUAACAUCGGCGAGGAAGGCGGUUAUGGAUACGGUCCUUUCAGCAAUCACACCACGCAGCAGCCAUGGGGACCCUUGGCCUCGGGCAAUCUAUAUACAACCUAUUUGGAGAACAGCUUUCAUGAGGAACUGUCCAUGGUUGGGCAACCUCUCAAAUACCGUCGCCUGAUGCGGAAGAACGAGACUCAUGUUGCCAAGAUUUGCACGGCGAGAGGGGCAACUAAGCGUGAUAUUGCAAAGAGUAAUUUUGAGAAAUGAUACUAUAGUAGCAGCCAAUUUUAGC